CAUCUAUCCUUCAAAUUGGAAAGCUUACCAUCCAUAGAAACUGUGUUAUUUCGGAGAGCUCUUAUAUGAGAGUGGCUCCAUUCAAGUGAAACAAACAAAGAAGAUUUAUCUCUCUUCUUCAUCACCAUCGUCAUGUGUAAUCAGAGCACCACCGCUCCUCAUCCCACCAUAGCCGCCACAAUCGAGAAGCCUCAGCCGCAAAACCACAUGUGUUUCAGUCUCUUACCAUCACCACCCAACACCAAUAAAGCCACCGAAUGUAGCCCACAUGAGCAGCAGCCUCAAUAUCUAUGGCCCUCAGUUUCUGAGUCUGUCACGGAGGCAAAAUCACUCUUCGGCCUUGCCUUCCCUAUAGCCUUAUCCGCUCUCAUUCUCUAUUCUCGCUCCAUCAUCUCCAUGCUUUUCCUCGGCCGACUUGGCGACGUUGAAUUGGCAGCUGGUUCACUGGCUAUUGCCUUUGCCAACAUCACAGGGUACUCUGUUCUCUCUGGUCUUGCUCUAGGCAUGGAGCCUCUCUGUUCACAAGCUUUUGGUGCUCAAAGACCCAAACUCCUUUCUCUGACCCUUCAUCGCUCCGUAAUUUUCCUCUUGUUUUCUUCAUUACCCAUUUCUUUGCUCUGGCUAAAUAUGUCCAAAAUCAUGGUUUAUCUCCGCCAAGAUCCCUUUAUCGCCCACAUCGCUCAGACGUAUUUGCUCUUCUCCCUCCCUGACCUCUUCACCCAUUCCUUCAUUCACCCAAUCCGCAUUUACCUUCGCUCUCAACGAAUCACCUACCCGCUCACUCUAGCAUCCCUCAUCGCCACCAUUCUCCACUUACCCAUCAAUUUUCUGUUAGUUUCCCAUUUCAAAUUAGGCGUCGCCGGUGUCGCAGCCGCCGCCGCAGCCUCCAACUUCUUUGUCCUUUUUUCAUUGGUGGCUUACGUCUGGGCCUCGGGUUUGUACGAGCCCACGUGGACCAAACCAACCCGUGAAUGUCUAACGGGAUGGAAGCCGCUGCUCCGUCUUGCUGCGCCGAGUUGCGUAUCGGUGUGUUUGGAAUGGUGGUGGUACGAGAUCAUGAUCGUGCUCUGCGGCCUUCUGGCGAACCCCAAGGCAACGGUUGCGUCGAUGGGUAUUUUGAUCCAAACGACGUCGUUACUUUACGUGUUCCCGUCCUCGCUUGGUUCUGCGGUUUCCACCCGGGUGGGGAACAAGCUCGGCGCCAAUCGCUCUCACGUAGCCAAAUUAUCCGCUGGGGUCGCGGUGUUUAUAGCCGCCAUCAUGGGCCUAUCAACAUCGAUGUUCGCGUACGGGAUGAGGGAUAGGUGGGGCCGGAUGUUCACAAAUGAUCCUGAUAUCCUGCGGCUGACGUCCGCAGCGUUGCCGAUCAUAGGCCUCUGCGAGCUCGGCAACUGCCCGCAAACGGUGGCAUGUUGCGUCCUGAGAGGCAGCGCUCGACCAUCCACGGCGGCGAACAUCAACCUCGGCGCGUUCUAUCUGGUGGGCAUGCCGGUAGCUAUUGGGCUUGGGUUCUGGGUUGGGGUUGGGUUUUGUGGGCUUUGGUUGGGCUUGUUGUCUGCCCAAGUGUGUUGUGCUGCGCUGAUGUUGUAUGUGGUGGGGUCUACAGAUUGGGAACAGGAAGCAAAGAAUGCUCAGAUGCUGACAUGUGUAGAUAAAGCAGUCCCUAACGUUAGUGAUGGUGUGGGGGAGCAAGAGGAGCCGUUGAUUUCUAUUACGGUGACUUCUGCUUAAAAAAACCCAAGCUGUAAAAUUAGAGGUUGAUAUGUAGUAAUUUUCAUUUUGUAGCUUUCGUUUUUUUUCUAAAAAAAAAAAAUUUGAGUU